AUGUUACGUUCGAUAAAUUCUCUUUCUCGACGUUCUGGUUUGCUUUUAUAUAAUAGCAAACUAAAUAUAUUUUCAUCAUCAGACAAUAAACAACAACAAAAAUUACCUGCAGUUAAUUUAACUGAUGCAGAAUGGAAGAAAAAAUUAACUAAUGAACAAUAUCGUAUAUUACGUCAGAAAGAUACAGAAUAUCCUGGUACAGGAGAAUAUAAUAAACAUUUUCAAACAGGAAUUUAUAAAUGUGCUGGUUGUGAACAAGAAUUAUAUGAUUCUUCAUCAAAAUUUGAUUCACAUUGUGGUUGGCCAGCAUUUAGUUCAUCAAUAGGUACAGCAGUUCGACGUCAAAUGGACACAGAUGGUCAUCGUAAUGAGAUUUUAUGUGCAAAAUGUGAUGGUCAUUUAGGUCAUGUAUUUGAAGGUGAAGGAUUACGUGAUGCUAAUGGUAAAAUAGUUCAACAACGUCAUUGUGUCAAUUCUGCUUCACUUAAAUUUGAAAAACAAAAAUAA